CAGAGCCUUUAGUAACUUCCCAGAGCAAUAAUUAUGGAGUGGCAUCACCUUCCUGUAUCGGAAACACAGGCACUAAUUAACGUGAAUUGAACUGUUUAAAUUAAUCCCAUUCUUUUUUAAGCACUUUGCGAGAGAGGAGCUGAAUAAAUUUGUUUCGCCUUUGAGGCUGGAUCUUGCAGGCACUGAAUUUUCUGUGAGCAGUCACUUGUCUGAAAUGAUUCACAGGGGGUUGCAGCAGUGCUGGAGUAGUUAAGAACCAACUCACAUAUUUAAUUCUAAAACUUCCCACUGAGCCUGUGCCCAAAUCAUGGGCAGACAGUGCAUUUUGUUUUUUUUUUUAAAAUGUUUCUGUUGUCCUGAGCUGCAUUUCAGUGGAAUGUAGGAAUGUGCAAAAUCCUGUCACACUGGGACAGAACAGUGAAACACUCCUGAUGCCAGCCUUGCACUCCUUGAAAUCGCUGGUAUUUUGGAGUCCAGGACAUGGGAAGUAUUUUACUUUCUAGUAAAGUGCUGUGGGAUCACACUGAGGGAAACAUGAGCGGGAGCUUUGUAUCCUCUCCAGUGACAUUCCUGGAUGGCAGGGAACUCUUUGAAAGCAAAUGCUCCUCUUUGGUCACAUUUCUGAAUAGUUUGGAUUUUACGAUAAAUCCUUUGUACAGAAGAAUGAGCAAAGAUGCUCUAGUGAUGAUUUUUAUUUUUUUAAACCAAAGAAGAUUGGAAAACUGUUGCCCAAUAGUGUGUCCCUGGUCUCUGCAGGAUGGGAAUUAGAUGGAAUGUGAUCCUUCAAAUUUAUUGUGCCAUACUUUACUUGUAAAGAGGCUUAAAAAUGAUACAGUGCAUAAAUCCAAGUUAUGUUUUCAUAAGUUUACACAAAUAAAACUUGGUUUGCGUAGUUUGUUCAGCGUUUUCAUUUUGCACAGACCUGUGCCAGUGUUAGGAGGGAUGUGAUGGAUCCACCCUGAGCCCUGGAUUCCUGCCUGGAGAGCUGUGCACACACAUGGCAUUCCUUUGGGACGUAGCAUGGACACAGAUGUUAAAUUGUUUGUGUUGCUGUGGUGCAGCCCCUCAGAAGGAUGCCUGAAACACAUCAGAACUGCAGCCAGUGAUGUGCCUUGCCUGUCUAACAAGCACCUUUUCUUGUAUUUGAUAUCGUAUUUUGUGCAGUCCUUCAGGUGAUGGUCUGUGCUCUGUUAAUGCAAGUCAUGAAGCAGCCAAAUAACCUUGCUUGUUCUUCCACAGCCAGUUCCAGGUGCUGCAGUGGACAAAGUCCCAGUAGUUCUCCUAACUGCAGUACUGUAGCUGAAAAUAAAAAGUCUCCAUGUGUUGCAAGGUAGUUCCCUGGUAACGUUUAAAAUCCUGUCUUGCAGAAAUAAAGAAUUAAGCAGACGGAGAUUACAAUUGUCACCUGGUUUUAUUGAAGAGGUGUAGUUCAACCUAUGCAAAACCUGUUGUUAUGGCUUCCUCUGGUAUUACCAUUCCCAAGCCCCCCAAACCCCCAGACAAGCCCCUGAUGCCCUACAUGAGGUACAGCCGGAAGGUCUGGGACCAAGUGAAGGCGUCCAAUCCCGAUUUGAAGUUAUGGGAAAUUGGCAAGAUUAUUGGAGGAAUGUGGCGAGAUCUCACUGAUGAAGAGAAGCAAGAGUAUUUGAAUGAAUAUGAAGCUGAAAAGAUCGAGUACAACGAGUCCAUGAAGGCCUACCACAACUCCCCUGCCUACCUGGCCUACAUCAACGCCAAGAGCCGCGCCGAGGCCGCGCUGGAGGAGGAGAGCCGGCAGAGACAGUCGCGCAUGGAGAAGGGGGAGCCCUACAUGAGCAUCCAGCCCGCCGAGGACCCCGACGAUUACGACGAUGGGUUCUCCAUGAAGCACACGGCCACGGCGCGGUUCCAGCGCAACCACCGGCUCAUCAGCGAGAUCCUCAGCGAGAGCGUGGUGCCCGACGUCCGCUCCGUGGUCACCACGGCCAGGAUGCAAGUCCUGAAGCGCCAGGUUCAGUCCCUAAUGGUUCAUCAGCGUAAACUCGAAGCUGAGCUGCUGCAAAUUGAGGAGCGUCACCAGGAAAAGAAGAGGAAGUUUUUGGAAAGCACAGAGUCCUUCAACAACGAGCUUAAAAGGUUAUGCAGCUUGAAGGUGGAAGUGGAUAUGGAAAAAAUCGCAGCUGAGAUUGCCCAGGCUGAGGAGCAGGCCCGCAAGAGGCAGGAGGAAAGGGAGAAGGAGGCAGCUGAGCAAGCCGAGCGCAGUCAGAACAACCUGGCAGCUGAGGAGGAGCAGGCAGCCAGCAAGGGGGAGGAGAAGAAGGAAGAGGAGAGCACUCCGAUGGAGACAGAGGAGCCUCACGCGGAGGAGAGCGCAGAGAACCAGCAGAACGGCGAGGAGGGCACCUCCACCCCCGAGGACAAGGAGAGCGGGCAGGAGGGGGUGGACAGCACGGCCGAGGAGGGGACCAGCGACAGCAACACGGGCUCGGAGAGCAACAGCGCGACCGUGGAGGAGCCGCCCGCAGACCCCACGGCCGAGGAGGGCGACAAGAAGGAGUAACCACUGUGUCUGUAAUGAAGUACUGUGUGAUCUCAGAACGGCUGUUGUACCUCCCCUGCCUCUGUCACUUGCCUCCAAAGGAUCCCCCCGGGGGUUGAUGGCGCGUCAGGUUACCGGUGUAGCGAUGUGAGGGGCCCUGUAGAGCCACAGGGCCGGUCCUGCAGCAGGCAGAAAAGGAACCUCCUGUGUCUUAAGCACAGCUGUUGCAGUGUGGAGAGAGGCUUGUAUCACUUGGAAUUCUUCCCUAGAAAGACAGAUUUGGGUUUAGGUUUAAGUGAGAAAUCAGGCCUUCUCUCUUCCUUCUCGUUCCGUGACUGCCAUGACUGGCGGUGUUUCCAAAGGCCCUUCCUGUCCCUGUGUGGCAGCAGUGAGCUGCAGGUGUGCCUCUCUCAGGCUGCAGCCCUUUCUGGAGGGGCUGGAACAUGACUGAGGCGUUUAAAGCUGAUGUUAUUGUGGAGCAAAGGCCUGAUGUCACCUGGAGCCUCUCCUGUCCCACCACUGCUGCACCCUCCAGUGCUGUGGCCAGCCAGGGGAAAGUUCUGCUGCAGCUGCCCCGGUCUUUGCUUUUAAAGAAGGCUUUCAGUCCUCAGGAGCAGCUCUGGAAUGAGGCUGAAAGAUGAAGUUAAAGGGAUUUUUCGGUGUAACUUGGUUGUUUUUCUAGAGGAGCUGCUCUACAGUGGUGGAAACCUGCUCGUGGUCUGCGUGCAGCGUGUCAGGAGAUCCAGUUCCAAAGGACUCAGUGUAGGCUUGCAGUAAAUGACACAGCUUCAGGGAUUUUUUUUUUCUGUGGUGCAGGAUUCCUCUCAGCAAGCCUUUGCUUUUCUUUACCAAUUAACUCCUUUUUUUGCUACAGGGAGACCCUGGUGUGGCCUCAGCCAGAGCCCUGGCACAGUACAGAGCAGGAGAGCGUUUAAACACGUGUUCUCUGAGCAGGCAGUCACUGAUACGGCACAAAUGGUAAAAAACAGUAGUUUUGCUUGUCAUGAGCUUUCACAACCUCUGGGAACUUCAAGAAAAGGCCACAAUUUGCCCUAUAUAAGCAAAAGCCCUAAAAAAACAAAAAUACACUUAAUUGCAACAACAGCCACAGGCAACUUCUUGACUUUACAACUGAGAGAGCACGUGAUGCUUCAAUGAAUCAAUGUGUUUUUACAGAGCAGUGGGUCUGUGAGAUGGUGUUUUUUAAAUCCUUUUGGUCUUUUUUUUUAAAUGGUCUAAAAAAGAAUAAAAUUAAACACGUUUGGUUUUUUUUUUUUAAACUCA